ACUCAUAACUUUUUCAUUUUAAUGUAGCACAAGAGUUCUACUGGGAAUGACUGGUAACAAAGUACAAGAAAAUAAGGCGGGCAAUGUAGAAAUUCGCAGAAUACAAUUGAGUGACCACGAUGAAGUGCUUAAUUUCCUUCGAACACAUUUUUAUCGAGAGGAACCAUUGACCAUCGGAAGUGAACCGAAGGAGCAAGAUAAGGAAGAUGAAAAAUUCAAUAUGUCACAGAUCGCGCACGGAACUAGCCUAAUGGCAGUUACCGAGUCCGCUGUUGGUGGUAAACGGGAUAGAAUUGCUGGUGUUUUAAUAUCCGGCCCGACGAGUAGCAAUGAAGCUGAACAUUUGUUCGAGGAAGCGGCACGUCUCGGUCCUACUAAAUGGGGUAAGGCCCUUCAGCUGUUGGCAUGCACAGCACGAGACUCCAAUGUGGGUGAGCGCUAUAACGUUGCGAAAACGUUGUAUAUUCAUAUCUUGGCAGUGGAUGCGGAAAUGCGUGGGCGCGCGAUUGCUGCUAGACUUAUAGAGGAAGUAAAAAAGCUGGGCCGACAGCUUGGGUACCCAUUGAUGACAGUAGAUUGCACAAGUUAUUAUUCAGCAAGACUUUGUGAGCGACUUGGUAUGGAGUGUAUCAACGUCGUACAAUAUGAAAACUAUUUGGACAAAGAGGGCAAACCGGUUUUCAGUCCACCACCACCACAUAACUGUCUCAAAACGUUCGCGAUAAGAUUGUGAGCUUGGGGAUUCCACCUGCUUCGGCGUAUGAUAUGCAUACAUGGCUUCAUAUAUUUUUAAUAUGCACAUUAAUAUGCACAAAUAUAAUAUAAAAACUGACGAUUGAAUUCGGUUGGGUGUUGAAUGAAAUCAAGCUAAAAUGCCUUUGUAA